UGCAAACAACACCAUCGACAAUUGUCCCAAAACCUAUUACAGAUGGUAUAUCAACUUCAUUGAGUGGUAUGCAUCGCCAAAUUACGCCAAUAGCGCCAGCAAGCCAAAGUGGUCUUCCGUCGCCACUACAGCAGAAUUUGUCAGUCGCAAAUAAAUUACAACUUUCAGGGGUAAAAAUGCAUACAAUACCUAAUUUAGGGAUGAAUUUACCAGAAACACCAGCAUCUUUGGCAUUGGCAGAACCAGAAGAAACGGAUAAACAUCCUUUAUCAAAACGCAAAAUCCAACAACUAGUUGACCAAAUAGAUCCAAAAGAGAGGCUAGAACCAGAAGUGGAGGAUAUGUUAUUAGAAAUAGCAGAUGAAUUCAUCACUUCUGUAAGCUCUUUUGCGUGUCUUUUGGCUAAACAUCGAAAAUCUGAUACUCUAGAGGUUAAAGACCUUCAACUCCACUUAGAACGUAAUUGGAAUAUCCGUAUUCCUGGAUUUGCAUCAGACGAAAUUCGAUCAGUACGGAAAACUAUU